CAGUAGGUGGCGAUAAUUCCUCUUGGACGUGAGAUGCCACCCGCCAACGAAUAAAUAAAUAAAUAAAUAACUAAAUAAGAAGAAGAAGAAGAAGACGGAAGAUGAGGAAGACGAAGAAGACGACGACGACGAGAGGGGGAAGGAAGGUGCCCUCGUCACUAGUUUAUCAUGUCUGACACAGCAGCAGAGGAUGAGAAACACUACCUUCAAGGCCAACUGAGGCGAAAGGAGGAGCAAGUCCAGCAGGCUGCCCAUGCUGGCUUGGAUCUGCUUAAUCAGCUAACAGAAACGCAAACUAGGCUUGAGGAACAGAGACUGGAGAUGACAUGUGUGCUUGAGGAUCUUAAGCAAGACAAGUACACGCUGCAGAAGGAAGUGGCGCUGAAGACCCGUCUAAUUGAAUCGUUGCAGUCAGAGGUCGACUGUUUGAAGAAACUGCAUCGACAGAACAUGGAAGAUGAAAAGGAAAAACUCGAGAGGAGUCACUGCACAACUAUUCAUGAACUCAACAACAAGAUAAUGAUGCUACAAUCUGUUCUGGAUGAGUCACAGCUUGUUGAGAAACAGCUGAAAGAAAAACUUGAAUUCCAGACCAAUGUGCUGAAUAAUAAGAUGGAGGAGCUCCGGCUUCUGAAUGAAGACACUCAUAGUUCACCAACGUCAGAGUUACUGGAUGUGCAGAAAAAAGUUCUGGAGUUGGAGAAUGUCAAGUUGGAGUUGGAACUGACACAAAAGGAAUCGCAGUACAGAGAGCAGCAGCUGCAAUUGACCAAUAGCACCCUACAGCACAAUCUCAAGCAAACGACAGAGGAGAGAAACAAAGAAGCUGCCACCUGGUAUGCGGCAUUAGAGAAAUCUCGUGAGGUGAAUCGUGAACUCCAGGACCAUUUGGAAACGGUUCUACAACAGGCCCAGGAUCCAAACAGCAAAGGCAAUUCUCUUUUCGCUGAGUUGGAGGAUAAACGUGCUGAAAUGGAGAAAAAGCUCAUCAGCAUGAAGGUCCAGUACGAGUCACUUCAAGCACAAUAUGCCUUCAACAAACAGCAGUUGCAACGUAUGAAGGUCCACAUUGCCACUCUGAUGCAGCUUCGAUGUUCAAGGGCUGACCCCUCUCAACUGGACAGACUCCAGUCUAUGUUGUCAGAGAAGAAUGAUGAGAUACACAAUUUGAUGAAUAAAAUACAGAGACUGGAGAAGGUUGAGGUAAUGUUGAAGACCCAGGAGAGUAAUCCAAGUCCUUCAGAAAUUGGUAAUGGCCGUGAUGAAACGUUUUAUACUGACCUGCUCAAAAUGAAACUCGACGAUGCAGUUAAGGAUGUGGAACGUGUAGGAGCUGAACUUUCUCUGCAAAGGAUGAAGUCUUUGUCAGAAAGCCAGAAAGCUCUGGAUCUGGAAAGGAAACUCUUCACCAAGGAACGUCUUCUCAAACAGGCCCAGUCCGAUAAAAUCAGACUGCAGCUUCAAGUAGAGGAGCUACAACACAAAUAUGAACCCAAAAAGACAACUGAUUUGUUGCAGAGGAGAAAGAAAGAGGAACUACCUGUAGAUACUGUACCAUCAUUUGAAGGGAUUGCACUUGAUAAGGGCGAGCAGAUUUCAAAGGGAACGGACAUCACUCAAACUAUGAUUCUUCACCCUGAGACAGAUAAGUGUCCUACUGGCCAGACAGCAUUUCCACGACAGGGAUUUGACGCAGGGCCAAAAUCAGCCAAGCGUGUCAAGCUCUGUGAGGGUGACCCUGUUUUGAUCCCCAAUCCCAGCUCUCAUGGGACCACCUGCAAUGACCUGCAAAAGGAGGAGCACCACGAGCAGAAUGAAACUGAGAAAAGGGGGAAAAAAACUGUUGAGAUGAUGCAUGUCUGCUCUAAAAGCAGUAUGGAAACCCAGUGUUCCCCACAGUAGAGACCUUCGAGAGUACAUGCACACAGGAUCACUACUAAUACAUAGAUACAGUAGUAUCAACGUUUUACAUUUUCAUUUUUUUUUUUUUAUUGUCAGAAAGUUCACCCAUCCUGCUGCAAAAUGCAAUAAAAAGUAGAACGAGCUCUCUAUUAAGCAAUACAAUGCACCACAUCGAGAAUAAUACCAAACUGUUAAUUUACUACAUCUCUGACAGCAUCAAUCAAAUAUGUAAUGUGAUUUGUGAUACUUUUACUGUUUAGAGUGAAUUAAAAAAAUAUCCCAUUUAAAA